GUUACUCACGUGUCAGCUCGGCGUCUUUAUUUCUGUCAGCUUUAAUAAAGUUUAUCCGUCUAUUACUUUCAGCAGAUGACGUUUUAUAACACGAACAACAAAAUACCGGUUAGACGAAAAAACAAAACAAACCUGUAUCCCGUAACCCGAUGCAAUUUUUUGUUACAGAUAAUUAUAGUGUCGAAGAACUUUGGGUUCUGUUGCAUGUAAAGCUGAAAAAGUGCUGGUUUUUUUUUUGUUUUUUUUGCUGAAAUCAUAUCAAAUAUAUAACUAAAUGUUCUGAGACACCUCAGCUUCAGAGGGUUAAGGGAAAAAAAAAGCCAGCGAAGGUGUUUCAUUUCUGUCCAAAUCUCCUUUCUGGGCCUGAAAUACGUUAAUGAGAGUUUAGCAAUCGCAUCUGUGAAGCUGUAGAAUUCUGUAAAAUCACCCAAAAAUAAAAGCCUCAUUAUACGCGUUCCAGUUCUGCUUCUCGCGUUUAAGAAAAUUGUCACUAAAUUUGUUGACGCUCAGCUAGACGCAAAAGUUUUGUGCAUGUUUAUAGAUGGCAGGAAGUUCCACUGUCUCCUAAACCACAUCAAAAAUGAGUGUUUUUACACCAACGCUGUGGAACUUUUUUUGGUCAGACGGUGUUCAGCACUGGCAGUAGCGUGCGUUCGUUAAAGCAGGCGUGAUAACAUGUUACCGUUUCUAUAGUAACAGCUCAUUGUUUGGAGAGGAAGUCCCAGUUAUUUCUGCACUAUUUGUAGAACAGGUUUUUUUUUUUUUUUAAUUGAAGGUCUUGGCUGACUGUAAAACAUGCUGUAAUUUGUAAAGAUAGUCAUUUUUGUCUUGCUUGAUGUGGCUUAGAGGAGUUGCAGCGUCAUCUGUUUGGCCAAUGACCUUGUUUUUAAAAAAAAAAAAAGCCUUCGUGUUCACAUUCCUGUGGCUUACAUUUAAUUCAGUGAGCCUGCUGAAUAUAAGCACGACGGCGACGGUCACAUGCGAGGAACGGUCUCGGUGUUCGAGCGUAUGCAUUUUUCCUAAACCUUAGAAAGUUCUUUCAAUGGAAAUGAAUAUUCGGGCAGAUUGAAUUACUGCUGCAAAGCCAAGGCUUUUUUUUUUUUUCUUCCUCUCACCACAUUGUUCAGACGACGUGCCUUACUUCUGUAUUCGAUCCUUCGUGAGUCACACCCUCGAGAGAAGUUUCUUUUUUUUUUUCGAUUUCGCUCGUGGUCACGUUUAAGACGAAGUCGUCCUUCUCGCUCACAUCGCGGAAGAAGAUUUAUUUGUAAAAUGAUUUGCCAUAAAGCGUGCAAGGCGGCAGAAGACAUUAAAAAAAUGCAUCCGAUGUGGCAGGAGCCACUGGAAGUGCCAGGAGGAGACCGCCAGUCUCCCAUCGACCUCAGUCUGCGUAAAAGCAUCUUCGACCCGAACCUUAAGCCGCUUGUUACGCGGUACGAACCCAGAACCUGCCAACAGAUCUGGAACAACGGAUAUUCCUUCCUAGUCGAGUACGACGACACGACAGACAAGUCCACACUACGUGGCGGUCCCCUGGAGGAUCAGUUCAGGUUGUGUCAGUUUCAUUUCCACUGGGGGGAGAAUAACAGCUGGGGCUCUGAACACACUGUGGACCACCAGCUUUACCCCGCUGAGCUUCACUUAGUCCAUUGGAAUGCAGAUAAAUACACCUUGUUUGAGGAGGCUGUCAUGGAGGAGAAUGGGCUGGCUGUUAUCGGGGUCUUCCUGAAGGUUGGGAAAUCCCACGAGGGUCUGCAGAAGCUGGUGGAUGCUCUACCUGCCGUCAGACACAAGGACAGUGUAGUAGAAUUCAAUAAAUUUGACCCAUCCUGCCUCCUGCCUGAGACCAUCAACGAGUAUUGGACAUAUCCCGGGUCUCUAACCACGCCCCCUCUGACCGAGGCUGUCACCUGGAUCAUCAUGAAGCAGCCCAUUGAAGUGAGCCACGAUCAGUUGGCCGUAUUCAGGAGUCUCCUGUUCACCUCAGCACAGGAGGAGGUUCAGAAGAGCAUGGUGAACAACUUCCGGGUCCAGCAGCCUCUAAAGGGCCGAACCAUUCGCUCGUCCUUCACCCCGUUCCUCUAGAAAAUUUCACCCCUUUGACUUCCAAACCUUCACCUUGUGAAGACCUUAUAAAGAUCUAACGGAAUCAUCUUAGUCUUUUAGCCCUGUUUACGACCAGGAACCCGAGUCAGGUCCAAAACAAUUCCGAGUCCAAUAAUACAGGUCUGUUAAUCAAAAAAUUUACUAACAAAAUGCACACAGGAUCUUUAUCGAGCUGCAGCUUAUGAUCAAAGGGUUUUAACACCAUUUUAACACCAAUCUCUACAUUCGUUUUUUUUUUUCUGGAGGGGAAAUUUAUUUCUCGAACAUAUACAUGUACAUUACACUGCCAGUCAUAUAGUUUUGAGCCCUAAACAUUAAAUAUUUGCUGUUAUAUGAUUAACAUAACACAAUUUUCUGCUUUUUCAACUAAAUCAGCUUAAAAAACCGAACACGCACAAAAUUCACCGAACUUUGAUAAAGCGAGAAGGUUUCUAAUGUUCGUAUUAGAUUAACAUUGGAUUUUCUUAUUUUAGAGUUCAUGUAAAACAAUUGGACUGGCAGUGUGUGUGUGUGUCUCUGUGUGUGUCUGUGUGUGUGUGUGUCUCUGUGUGUGUGUGUGUGUGUGUCACAAGUUUGUUCAGGAUAUCUUGGUGGUUUUAUUUCCCAGAUCGAACCCCAGAUCUCGUGCCUUACCGUAGCUCUAGAGCGACCGGAGAAAUGUUACACAUAAGUGAAUUUAACUUAGUGCUCUGGAAGUUAAACACGUAUUUGGCACUUCUGAUCUUUCUGUGACGACAUCGGAAGACUUCCAGAUAUUUCAGAGAUUAGUUUAUCUCCUAAAGCCUCUUCGUUCAGUAGAGAAACGAUCACGAUCUUCUUGCGCGCUCUUCUUUUCUCACACAGGUGUAAUAACCGACCCUGAGCUUCGUGUUUAUUGUCCGUGACAUGAACUCGGUUUAAACCUUAAACUGCACAUUUCCUUUAACGAUUUACUGCUAGCAAGCGAGAGCGAUUUAACGUUAUCUUUCUGACCAAUUGAUGAGUGGGAGUAACUAGCGGAGUUCAUUACAUAGCGGAUUCACAUGCAGGACGUAGACAAACUAACUAAGGAAACGCUUAAAUAACGUAUCGUUUUGCCGUGAAUGGUUGCUUAGUUUGUUUUUUUUUAUUAAUAGAUAAAUAUUGGGACAGUAUAGACAACAUACCUUAUACUUCAUAUAUAGUUUAGAAAAAUAGAAAUAUUAUUAUACAGUACAGACCAAAAGUUUGGACACCCCUUCUCAUUCAAAGAGUUUUCUUUAUUUUCAUGACUAUGAAAAUUGUAGAUUCACACCGAAGGCAUCAAAACUAUGAAUGAACACGUGUGGAAUUAUAUACGUACAUAACAAAAAAGUGUGAAACGACUGAAAAUAUGUCAUAUUCUAGGUUCUUCAAAGUAGCCACCUUUUGCUCUGAUUACUGCUUUGCACACUCUUGGCAUUCUCUUGAUGAGCUUCAAGAGGUCGUCACCUGAAAUGGUCUUCCAACAGUCUUGAAGGAGUUCCCAGAGAUGCUUAGCACUUGUUGGCCCUUUUGCCUUCACUCUGCGGUCCAGCUCACCCCAAACCAUCUCGAUCGGGUUCAGGUCCGGUGACUGUGGAGGCCAGGUCAUCUGGUGCAGCACCCCAUCACUCUCCUUCAUGGUCAAAUAGCCCUUACACAGCCUGGGGGUGUGUUUGGGGUCAUUGUCCUGUUGAAAAGGUGAUGUGUCCAAACAUUUGGAAGGUGUGUCCAAACUUUUGGAAGGUGUGUCCAAACCUUUGGUCUGUACUGUACCUUGUUUAGGUUUGAUCUGACCUGCUAGCUAUUAGGUUUCUAAAGCUAUAAAUCAGUGCCACAAAGCCGAUAGAAUAAAUUUAGCGUUAUAUUAGUUAUUAAAAUACAUGUGUUAUAUUCGAAUCAUAUAUUUAGGUUUCUCUGUAAACGAAUGUAUUUAUUUAACGUAAAACCGGAAUAAAAAUCGGCAAACAAAUGAUGUAAAUUUGUGCUUAAAAUGUAUCGUUACAGUCCAAAACAUUCCUCCUGCAAAUAUAGCAUUAAAAUACAUACGUUUUGACCUUGCGUGCCCCAGAAUCGACGCCAGUGUCUUUAGACCGAUAGACAGAUUUAUUUCUAAUAAAAUUAUUUAUUAGACUGAUUUAAUUCAAAUUGUAGUAUGUUUUUUUUUUUUUUUUGGUAAUUUUUUUCUGCUUCCUGCAUGUGUUAUUUAUAUCCUACAAAUAAUAUAUGCUGUAAAAUCUAUAGUUUAUAAACUUUCUGUACACGAUGUAGUUUCAAGCACGUCGAAGCGGUCGUUACUGGUUCAGAUUUUAUUCCGUAUGCAGCAGAGUUUGGAAAACCGCCGUGCCUUCAGCUUUGUGCUCCCACACUGUUUCAUUGUCCCACUGCCAAAAAUCUGUUCUUCAUUCUUGUUAAAGGGUGAAGGACAGAUCAACGACUGAUGCUGUAUGGUUAUUUUUUUUAUUAUUAUCGUUAUACUUAUAACUGACCACUAGACGGCGUCAGAGCUCAAGGAGAGCGAUGCAGGUUCUGUAUGUUAUGAGUCUUGGAGCAGGAAAAUCACAAACUAUGCCGGUUACACACAACUAUAUGCACCUCCUUACAUACAUUAACGUGUACACUACUUUCAUGCGAUUUUGUUCCGUAGCUUAAACAUGCAUUAUUAUUUUAAAAAAAAUACAUUAAAGCGAGACCUUUUUUAUGUAUUUUUUAUUUUUUGGCUGAGGUGAGGUUCCUGUAGUGUAAACACACAGAUGGGUGAUUGCUUCAUCUCUCCAACCAAACCCAAGCAAAUUCUUUCUAAACCGUCUAGAAUGUGGAUCUACAGGAACAGACAUGAUCGUGGAAAUGUGAUACAAGCAAGUUAGAGACUUCAAAUGCUGCUUUUUAAAAUCUUUUAUCUGAGGAAACUCGUG